AUGCACUAUCAACGUAAAAGUAGGAGGAGGAGUAAAAGAAGGGACACCUCGCCACCAGCCCUCAGUCGUUGGUCUGCCGCGAGGGGAGGAGCUACGUCCUCUCUGCUCUGACAGUUGUUGCACGAGAAAGGAAGAAGGACCUGACUUUCCCAACGUACCCGGCAAUCAUCAUCAGCAUCAUCAGGAACAACAACGACGACCACCACCACAACCACCUCUCCUUCCAACGGGGUGACAAAACUGUGACACGCUCGCGAGUCUGUCAACCACUCAGCCAGUCAACCAGCCAGCCUUCACGCACGCACACACACACACGUCAAGUCUCCAGCCAUGAAGGAGGACGUGGAGGCGUUCAGGCGCAAGGUGCAGGCUGAGGGCGCCACCUUCACCUACCUACACGUAGACUCACGCACGCUGGCACGGUAUCUGCGGGCGCACGGCUCGGUGGAGGAUGCAUACAAGAAGCUGAUGGCCACCGAGCAAUGGCGUAAGGAGACCAAGGUAUCGAAUCUCACCGCCAGCACUCCCGGCGUCCGUCGCAUGAGCACAACCAACCUGGCAGAAAUCCUGGACGCGAGGGACAAGAAGGGCCGACCCGUGGCUAUCGUGGCGGUGCGGAACCAUAGCUUGCUCGGCCGAGAUAUGGACGAUAUGAUACAGUACAUGCUUUACACGCUGGAAAAGAUUCAGGCGCAGUGCGGGACAGAGAAGGAGCCUGAUGUACCCGACAACAUAUGCCUUUUAUUCGACAUGCGCGGGUUCAGACUGACCUGCAUGGACUACCCCGCCCUCAGCAAGCUCUUCUACUUCAUGCAAGACCACUACCCGGAGCGACUGGGCGUGUGCCUCGUCCUGAACGCCCCCCUUAUCUUCUCAACCUGCUGGCCCAUCAUCCGUGCCUGGUUGGACGAGAACACUGCAUCCAAGAUCAAGUUCGUUAAGAUGGAGAACAUUGAUGAAUUCCUCGACUCUUCCCUCGUACCUGUCCACACAUAGACACACACACACACACACACACACACACACACACACACACACACACACACACACACACACACACACACACCUUACCCCCCUACCCCCACUCCUACCCCCCAUCCCCCCACACAGACAAACAAAAGCGUACCAUCAACAAAGGGAUAUUUCAAAAGGCAUCUCCACUUAAACACCAUCAAAGACAAAAGACAAUAAAUAAGUGAAUAAAUGAAUAAAUAUAUGAAUAAAGACGUAUAUGUGAGUUA